AAUAAAGUGACAUAACGAAACACUGUCAGACAUAAAAAAGAGGACUAUUUGUUCAAAGUAUUUUUAUGGUAUUAUAAGUGAAACUUCUCCUAGAAGAGACAAAACUAAUGAUGAAAAACAUAAAAUAAAUGCACCAGAGAAAAGGAGAUACAUGCUCAUACAUAAAUGAGAUACUACCUAGAGCAUUGCAAUGAUAUAUGAUGAAAGAACAGAAUAAAAUGGAUGGUAAAAGUAUUCAAGAAAGAGUUAAAGAAUUUAUUGAAACUACUUCAGCACAUGGAUGUGGACAGAUUCCUACAGCAAAAUUUAAGUUAACAAAAUUUCUUUGGGGACUCACAUUUUUAAGUUUCUUUACAUUUGCUACAGUUAGCUCAGGAAUAUUGAUAGCUAAAUAUUUUACUUAUCCAACAAAGGAUGUUGUUUCCAUUGAGUUCGGAAAUAUAGAGUUUCCUGCAGUGACAUUCUGUAGCUUACAGCCUAUAACCAUCACAAGUUUGAUUGACUUUCGGCAAAAUCCACCACCCCCAGGACAUUCUGUCUCCAAUAUGAUUUACGUUAUGCAGAACAUCAGAAACAUAAUUAUUGACAGAGAUAUUGGAGGACUUGGACAAUGGUACUUAAAACAUUUUGAUAGAUUUCUAUCAAAUCAAUUCAUUUUUGAAAAUGGGGAAGAAAAUGACAUGGAGCAAUUUAUUCAUGAUUUGAGAAGUUUUAAACUUGGUUGUAAAUUCCAGGGUCAGGUCUGCAAUGGUACAUCCUUUGUUCUACAUAAAGAUGGUGGAUUUCAUAAUUGUUUUACCUUCAAUGGUGCUGGAUCAGAUUUAUCAAAUGUGAACAUUGUCAGGACUGAUCCAGCCUCGGGCCUCAGUCUUGUCCUAUUCAUGGAUGCCUACGCUAAGGGCAAAAGCGUGUCAGCAUAUACUAUAUACAACCCAGAUGAUCCCACAAGCGGACAAACUGGCGUAAGAGCAGUCAUACACAGCCCAAGAACCAGACCAAUGCCAUUUGAUAAAGGCUUUGACAUCCCAACUGGCCUUUCAACAUCUGUUGCACUUAAAGAAACAAAAAGGGAGCUAAUGACUCAACCACACAAUAAUUGCACAAACGAUGAAUUUAACCAAGGUACAAAUUAUAGCUAUUCCGUAGACACAUGUUACGAACAAUGCCAACAGGAUCUACUAAUCGAGGAAUGUGGUUGUAAAAGUUCAUUGUUAAUACCCCCAUCUUUUGACAAAUCUGAUCUUGAAUAUUGUGGUAAAGUCAAUAUCACAAACAUGAUGUUAAUGAUGAACCAAAAUGAUGACAUAACUCAAAGCAUUGCAGAGAAAGAACUUGAGAAUCUUGAUUGUGAGGAAGGAGUCAUGUAUUCAUUUGGAAAUCUUGCGAUUCUGGAGCAAUGUGCAUGUAAGGAUCAUUGUCAGACUAUCAACUAUGUAAAGACAAUUUCCCAAGCAGUUUGGCCAAAUGAUAAUGCUCAAGAAGCAUUUUAUGACACCUAUGUGAACAGAACUGAUCAAACACUACGUCCAAACAAGCUUUUUAAAGGAUAUAACACAAGUGAAAUCAUUAACAAUGAUAUGAUACAUAAAAAUUUCCUCAGACUGAAUAUCUAUUUUGAGAGUCUUUACGUGGAAACAACCUCUGAAGUUGAAGAUUACCCAGCUGGGACAUUAAUAUCAGAAAUCGGGGGAAAUAUGGGGUUUUACGUUGGUAUUUCUAUAAUCACAUUAAUGGAAAUAUUUUGCAUAACUGGAGCCAUUAUCCUUUAUUGUUUCAAGGACUGGCUCAUAAAAUGUGGGCAUAUGAAUAAGACCAAGGUGUCUCAUGUAAAUGUCAAGCCAGUUGAGCUUGAUGGUGACUCUACAGAAAAGAUUAAAGACAAGUAUUAAGAUGCCAGUAGAAUUACAACCACAGUUGCUUAUUUAUAUCAAUGACAUAUGUAUGCCAAUUAGAAUCUGAAAAAUAUGAAACAUGACAAAAGGUUGUCUUGAUGUCAUGGUAACUGAUGAAAUUGGGCAAUAUGAGACUUUUUCAAUGAUUUCAAAACAAUGACCGUACUGUAAUUAUUGAUGGUUUACGUAUGCGGUUAAUGGAAGGAAGCAUUGUGUCUCGAAUAUCAUACUAUAUAACGGAUGCAAAUAAAAUAUAUUGACAAUAUGUGUUCAUGACUUUGUGUAAAGAUUUGUUUUUGAAGCAAUAAUUUAUGAAAUGAAGUAGACGUAUUGGGAG